UCGAAGAGUUAGUGUUUAGGCUGAUUUAUGGGAUAUUUGAGUGAAAAUGUUUGGAAAUUUUAGAUUCGGAUCAAGAAUUAUGUUGUUUAAAUAGUUUCUGAGCCUUUGAAUGAGUAUUUUGAAGUAUAGGGCGACCAAAAAUUCCAAUGCAAUCUUUUAUAAGCUUAGGAAGAAAAAGAGUUUCCACAUAAAAAUUGACAACUCAAUUUAUCAUAAUCCCAAUGCCCAAAUCCACAAAAAGUUGACUAACUUCAAAAGAGGUCACAACCUCUGCACCUCUGAUGAAAGGAAUCACUCUGAAGAGAGCCUGGCUCCUCUCGUGGAUCAAGGUGCCCAAGGAACCCAUUAUGACCAAGAGACAGAUAAAAUAUUUAUCAAUAGAGACAACUUAGGUCAAACACAUGAGAAGACUUUUAAACGAAGGAAGGAAAUCAACAGGUUUAUACGGGUUUACCUUAACUCUGCAACAGCCAAAAUGAGAGAGAAAAUCAUGCGCCCAGAGUCAAACUCUGAAACCAAGUCUAGGAUGAUGUCAAGGAAUACUUCAAGAGGUGGAACGAGGAAGGUUCAAAAAUCCGAACUCCAAAUAACGGAAAUGACUCCUUUAUUUACCAAUAAAAUGAUUAAGAAAAGUGAGAUUAAGUAUCGUAUUACUAAGAAAAUGACCCAGAAAUGGUCUUUUAGGAAGUCAAGCUGACCUAUGAAUCAGAAAGAGAAAACCAAAUCUCUUGUCAAAAAUUAUGCCCAUCAUAAAGGCAUCAGCCUCUCAAGGAGUUGAGCUGAACUGAAGAAGGUAAUUCAAUCAGAAAGAGAUGAAAAUCAACAGUCACCUGCUUCUGGAAUAAAAAGGAAGAUAAAAAUCUCUAAAAAUGAUCCUAAAAAGAUCGAGAAGUCAAGGAUGAAUAAGAGUCAUACCAACAUUCGUUUUAAUCUAAGGAAUUAUUUCCAAAAGAUAGGAAAGGUAAACCCUGUUUCAAAGAAGCGCAUACUUCCGAUUCGAAGUAGGAGGAAGAGCUUGUCUGAUAAUCUUACACCUUCGCCAUAUCAAUCCUAACUGUCCUAAUUUCAAUA